AUGCAGACCCCCGCAUCUCAACGCCAACAGAGCCCUCCGGUUGCAGGUGCCUUCUGCAUCCCCCUGUACGUGCCCUAUGUGCUGACGGGGAGAUGGAUCUUCGGGAGAAGCCUCUGCAAACUCUGGCUGGUAGUUGAUUACCUGCUCUGCACCUCCUCGGUCUUCAACAUCGUCCUGAUUAGCUAUGACAGAUUCCUCUCGGUGACAAGAGCGGUUGCCUACAGAGCCCAGCAAGGCAACAUCAAGCGAGCGGUGCUGAAGAUGGUGAUGGUGUGGGUACUGGCGUUCCUGCUUUACGGACCUGCCAUUAUCAGCUGGGAGUAUAUCUCAGGUCAGAGCAUCAUACCCACUGGGGAAUGCUACGCUGAAUUUUUCUACAACUGGUAUUUUCUCAUGACAGCCUCCACGCUGGAGUUUUUCACCCCUUUCAUCAGUGUAAUGUUUUUCAACCUGAGCAUUUACCUGAACAUACAGAAACGUACCAAAAUACGCCUGGAUGUUUUCCACGAAGUGCACAACCAGUCCUUCACUGAAGAGAUGGAAAUGAGCCCAGAAGCAAAGCUUUCUUUGAAAUGCUCUAAGUGGGAGCAGAAGGAGCCAACUGAAACCCUAGACCUCUCUGAGAGCAAAGCUCCAGCAGCAGCUUCCACUGCCAGCCUGGGUGCCAAAGACCUGCUGUCAACAGGCUCUGAGAAACCCAAGUAUUGCAACAAAAAGAGCUGUAAAAAUUCAGCAUCCACUCUGUCCUUAGAGAAACGGAUGAAGAUAGUGUCCCAGAGCAUGACUCAGCGCUUCAGGCUCUCUAGAGACAAGAGAGUGGCUAAAUCACUGGCAAUCAUCGUGGGCAUUUUUGGGAUUUGCUGGGCACCAUACACUCUCCUGAUGAUCAUCCGCGCUGGCUGCCACGGCCACUGCAUCUCUGAUUAUUGGUACGAGACUUCCUUCUGGCUGCUGUGGAUUAACUCAGCUGUCAACCCUGUCCUCUACCCUCUCUGCCACUACAGCUUCAGAAGAGCUUUUAUUAAACUCCUCUGUCCCAAGAAGCUAAAGAUUCAACCACACGAUCCCCUUCAGAACUGCUACAAGUGA